UCUCCUCCUCCGGCACAGUCUGGCGGUCUCCGCUCUCCUCAUCGCGCAGCUUUUCCAAUCCUCCUCCUCAAACUCUGAAGUGUCCGGACCAAAAACUGCAACAUUCCUGAGGACAACUUUCUAUACUGCACAUCAACGUAUCAUUCCUACAGACCAGAAGAAACAUUUGGAGAACACCUGGACGCCGUGACUUCCUGGUUAUAUAACUUUUCUUGCACUUGAACGACUCCUUUACAUUCCAAAGACUUUGGCCUUGGACCUUAUCGGUUUUUGUCUUUUUAAAUCAACAAUCAAACACUUUUUCCCCUUAUUUUAUUAUUCUGAAUAGACCAAAUAAGCAGGAGGCAGUAGCUAAUUUAAUUUUUUUGCACAACCUAGAAAAAGUCCAGCGUUUUUCUCUAAGUGUAGUCUUAAAUUAAGUAACAAAACAGUCAACAAUGGCGGGUUUGAACUCUCUGGAUGCUGUCAAGAGGAAGAUUCAGUGUUUGCAGCAGCAGGCCGACGACGCAGAGGACCGGGCUCAGGUCCUACAGAGAGAGCUGGACAGUGAACGGGAGCUCCGAGAGAAAGCGGAGGGUGAUGUAGCCGCUCUGAACCGUAGGAUCCAGCUGGUGGAGGAGGAGUUGGACCGAGCCCAGGAGAGGCUGGCCACGGCACUGCAGAAACUAGAGGAGGCUGAGAAGGCCGCAGACGAGAGCGAGAGAGGGAUGAAGGUGAUCGAGAACCGAGCGAUGAAGGACGAGGAGAAGAUGGAGAUUCAGGAAAUGCAGCUGAAGGAGGCUAAACACAUCGCCGAGGAGGCCGACCGUAAAUACGAGGAGGUGGCCCGUAAACUGGUGAUCCUGGAGGGAGAGCUGGAGAGAGCUGAGGAGAGGGCCGAGCUCUCAGAAUGUAAAGCCGGGGACCUGGAGGAGGAGCUGAAAAAUGUGACCAACAACCUGAAGUCCUUAGAAGCCCAGUCUGAGAAGUACUCAGAAAAAGAAGACAAGUACGAGGAGGAGAUCAAAGUUCUAACUGACAAACUGAAGGAGGCUGAAACCCGUGCAGAGUUUGCAGAGAGGACAGUGGCCAAACUGGAAAAGUCCAUUGAUGACCUGGAAGAGAAAUUAUCACAAGCCAAAGAGGAGAAUCUUGGCAUGCAUCAAGUCCUGGACCAGACCCUGCAGGAACUCAACAGCUUAUAAACACACAGAGAGGAAGCUGGAGAGGAUGAGAUCGUCAUGUAACAUUUCUUAAAUGUUCGACUCCAUUCCACAUUUCGAGCUGUAAAAUCUUUAUUCCCCGUGUGAAGGGGGAUUAACUUAAUGCUUCUCCCUAGUUGUUUUUUUUCCGAAGGCACCUUUGUUUCUUUUCUUUUUUUUUUUAAAGAUGGGAAGUCAUUUUGCCCCCAUUCUUCUUUUUUAUCUCCACCUGUGAUUGCAGAAAUCCCCCCUCAGAAAUGAUUUUUGACCACUUAUUUAGAAAGAACUGGCAACUGACACACAGAAGGAAACCUCAGAUUUGGUCACUGAACCACUUAAACUGGCUCAGUUUCAUUGAUGUGCACAUACAUUAAGCCUCUGUCUAUUUUAAUACAUAUGCUACAGAUGGCGUUGGGUUUCGCUCAGUCUACAUUGGUAUGGCUCUGAAGUGCCACCCAGUGGUGAUAUGAAGAUAGUCAACAGUGUUGUUUUUCUCAAAAGUUUUGCAUCAAAAGUUUUUCUACUCUAUUUUAAUGUGGGGAUCUGUGCAGAAGCUGAGAGCUGUGCAUGUACAGUAUCUAGCAGUGACAUGCAUUUCUAAGCUGUACUGUCUUUCCCUAAGCUUGACCUGACCGUUGACACAUUCUUCAUCAUUGCCAUGCCAUAAUGUAGCCAAUAUUUACCAGAUUUACAAUAUAUUGUAUUACAUAAGCGAGCUGAACCCCAAACCACUGGAAGCUCAAGUCAACUUGUAUCAACCAUGGAUACUUAUUGUAUAUAGUAGAAUAAUGUUAGGUAUUUGAGAAAUUGUAUUGCUUUGAUUAUUUUUGGAUUUGUUUCAUUUACAUCACAUUUUUUUUGCUAGGGGAACUCUCAAGACCAAAGAACACAUAUAACACAGACAAUAAAUUCUAAAAAAUGUUUUAUUUUUGUUUGUGGUGGUCAUCAUGGUUUCAUCUCAUGCCAGGGCCAUGGAAAGGGUCUCACACAUGACCGAGACCAUUUUAUAAUAUUUCAUUUACCAACUCCCUCUAUGUCAACCUAAUAAAUGUUUUACAGAAAUCAUGA